UAGUUAAAACUUACGAUUCGUUGAAAAACGUUGGUUGUUUAUUAUAUCGCUUCGUUUAAAUAAAAAUAUGUUAUUUUUUAAACAAGCUACUAUAGAAUUGCCGCUGUUAUUAGUUUAUACAGCUUUUACAUUGACGGGUUCAUUGUUUAUCAAUCUUUUUAUUUACCGCACCUGUUAUGUUACUUUGGGCUACAAUGAAUCGCAGUGCAUUUUAUUAGGGCAGGAAACGAGUGACGAGUUGCAGGAAUUGGAACGUAUAGUGCAACCUGCGGCGAAUCUUCUUACUUUGGUGUUUCAAAUAUUUUUUAACGUUUUACCUAUAUUCGUGUGCAUUUUUGCGGGUCCUUGGUCUGACAAAUAUGGCCGUUUACCCCUUCAGUUAAUGUCAUUAAUUGGAUUGACGCUUAGUUUAGCAUUAUUAUCACUACUGCUGUGUUUCAAAAAUCUUUCACCAUGGAUGUUUUUAUUGGCAUCAAUUCCUGCAAUACUAACUGGAAGUGUUCCAACAUAUUUUACCGCUGUUUUGUCGUACCUUAACGAUAUUUCGUCAGAUGAUACCAGAACUGUAAGAAUGGUUAUAUUCGAAGCCCUUAUAAUUUGCGGUACUCUAAUAGGGUCGCUUUCCAGUGCUCCUCUACUUUAUGCCACCAAUUACGAAUUGGUUUUUUUCAUAGGAUCGUGCCUGGUCGCUUUAGGCACUUUAUACACCAUGUUCUUUGUAAAAGAGUCCGUCAGUAUUAAAGAAAAAUAUGAGGGAAAAAUUCUAGAUGUGAUUAAUUGCAGUUAUGUUGUAGACAUGUUCAAAGUAGUGUUUAAAAAAAGAGAAGAUUGGAACAGAUUGAUCAUUAUUAUCAUUUUCUUAGCUAUCACGAUUAUCGAUUUUACAUCGACUGGAUCCAAUAUAGUCAGAUUUCAAUUUUUGAGGGAACAAUUCUCGUGGACUCUGCCGAAAUUCAACUGGUUCAAUUGCGUUUCGCACGUAAUUACUAUUUCAGGAACGAUUGUAGGUACUGCGAUAUUGAAUAAACUUUUUAAAGUUCAAGAAACCGUAAUAGCUUUGAUCGGAUUGUUCAGUUCGGUAGCAUAUUGCUUUCUAUGGGGAGUUGCAACAAACGAUUAUUACAUUUAUGUUGGAAUAGCAGUGGCCGUUUUAUCGGAAAUAUCCCGCCCUAUGCUAAGAACCCGCGUGGCCCAAAUUGUUCCAGCAGAGGAAAUGGGCAAAAUAUUUGCAUUAAUAAUCGGCGUCGGUGGUUCAGUAAGCGUCGGAUCGACUUACUUAUUUACCAAGAUCUACAACGCAACCAUUCAAAUACAUCCGGGAAGUUACAAUUUUUUGGCCGGAUUAAUUUAUUGCUUCGCAAUAUUUUUAGUGGGGGUAAUAAUCACUUUCGAAAUUUGUUCUCCAAACAAGAGCGGAAAAUAUCAAGUGAACACAAAAAAUGUGAUUCAAUCAUCGCUUUAAUUAUUUUAACUGCAGAUAAAUAAAAACCAUCAAUUUAUUUUUAAUUUAAUCUAAGAAUAUUUAUAAAGUUA